AUGUCACGAUCGGCGUUGCACUCUGUACGGACAUGGUCGACCACCGCGACGACGACUGCGACCCAAGCCACGACCUGCACGUCUCGUCGUCACUGCGGCGUAGCUUCUGCAGCGUCGCCGAUCGAGCUGGGCCGCCGCCCGAGCAACAAAAUCGCUGAGCCGACACUGCGAUCCCGGCUACGCCCGCAGCAGGUUCAUUGUGAGUGAUAAUAGACCGUUGCGGAUUGGAUGCUCGGGACACAAGACUGUUGCGACUCGUGGAGCGAUGCGCUGUCCGGUAUGGCGCCCUGUGUGACGGACGGAUGACCACCGACCACCGACCACCGACCACUGGCACGGCGCCGCCCAUCGUCGUCUGCCAACUUUCCGGGCCGUCACGGAUCAGCCUUCCCGGCGAUCGCCAUCCCUCGUUGCGUCGCGCUGGUUCAGGGCGCAUGUUCUUUCGGACUAGUCUGGAAGAUCCACACCCCCCGUCCAUGGGACGUGCUUAUCCGACCAGGCCCUCCAACUCGCCCAAUUCGCGUGGUCCGACGAUGACCUCUCGCACAGGAAAAUGCUCUUGGGCAACAUCCUCGAACGCUUCCUGGCCCCGCCGAGAUGUUGACACCGCCAUCGCGGCUGAGGGCUCUAACAUAGUUUCCAAAAGCCUAAAACUGACUCACGUUUGCCUCAUUCCUGCAGCCCGUUCCUUCUCGUCGGCGAGCACCUCGGCCGCCGCGGCUGCGACCACCGCUUCGACCUCGCAGGCAUCCCCUAGGGCCUACAUCUCGCCGCGACCCCAUGUACCACGCGAGGUGCGAAGACCCACCAACAGCAACAAAAAAGCGCCCUCCUCUGCCUCUGCACGGGACGUUGGACCUGGCAGUACCCACACCGCUUCCGACCUCCCUUCCCCGCCCCGGACCCCAUCCGAGACCGCCGAGGCCGACGAUUCUUACACCCUAAAUCCACUCACCGACCAGUCCCUUUCCCUACUCUUCACCUACACGACCCCGCCACCACUCUCGUCGCUUUCGGCUUUCGCGGGGCGACUUGCUACCUCCGUAGUAGGCGCGGGCAAGCAUUCGGCACAGUUCUCCCUCGCUCAAGAUCUGGCUCUGCUUGAGCAAUGCCUCAUCCACGAAUCCUUCUGGACCGGCGUCAACACCCUGCCCAAAGCGAAUGCAGCCGAGCGUCGGCAUACCCACUUCCACGACAGCCCGAUCUCUGCGCCGACGAGCGUCACCGCCCUGCGCGCGCACAACGAACCCCUGGCGUCGCUCGGCAAUGCGCUCCUCGGAUCGCUCACGGCCGAGGCCUUGAUGGAGCAGUUCCCAAAUCUACCAACACGUGUCACCAAAGCCGCGUUGACGAUGUUUGUGGGCCCCAAAUCACUUGCCGCCGUUGCGACGUCGUGGGGUAUCGCACCGACGCGCUUGGACCAUCGAUGGGUCGGCCGACCGGACGUUCAAAAAUUGUCGAGGAAGGAUCGAGCGUAUGGCCACCUCGUAGGCGGUGUUGGACCGGCGGCGAAGCGGGAAUCUGUGGGUGGUGAUGGGGCUGCUGGUAUCGGGUUGCUUCGAUGGAACCGAACGAAGGUCUCGCCCGUCAAGGAUGCCGUCUUGUUCGAGGAUGCGUUGGCCAGCGUUGCGAGGGCUGUCGUGGGCGCUAUCUAUCAGACUCAUGUUAGUCACCGCAACUUGGUGCGAAGUCGAUAGCCUUCUUGGCUGACCGCUUUCUUCUAUCCGAUGCAGGGCUUCAACGCGGCACGCCAAUUCGCGCAUGCGCACUUCCUCGCCUCGCUUGUAUCCUCUACCAACUCUAAACUUCCCUCCCCCAUCGCCUCUUCGCAAAUCCUGCCUCUUUUGAAGUUCACCAAUCCGACCUCGGUGCUCUCGUCGCACCUCGUCUUGAAGGCUUCGGCUGGGCGCGCUACGCACCGCCUCUUGAAAGAGUCGGGCCGAUUGUCGAAUCACGCGACUUUCGUCAGCGGCGUUUACUCGGGCGCGACCAAGUUGGGCGAAGGCUUCGGGAGCAGUAUCAAGAUGAGCGAGUACAGGGCGAGUGAGGACGCCUUGAGGAGGUUGUACCUUGGUGGCAAGGGGGCCAAAGGGACGCGCGUCGUUGGGAGUCGAGAUUGGGAUAAACGAGGGAGCGGUGUGCAAGGCUGA